AUGGAGAAGAAGGAAAGUCGUGCUGACUGGGUGGCUGUAGAGGCUCAAUUUCAAGGCGGUAUGGCGACUCAGCCCACCAAGGCCAAAUCAGCCUAUCAAAUUUUUCAAAAACGCAUCAUGGAGGACGUCAAACGUGACGUAGCAGCUAAGGCAGCCGAGUUACAUAAACCUGUUGAGUUGGGUGAUAUAUCUCGGGAAAUAAGUGCACGCUGGUCACAGCUUUCAGCUAAUGAUCGGGAUGAAUUCACGGAGCUCGCAGCAAUUGAUAAGAAACGUUACGACGAUGAGUGCCGCGCGCGCGACGAAGAAGUGGAAAUGGAGCGUGCACGUAAGCAAGAAGAAAUGUACGGUAUGGUCGAAGGCAAGCGUGAGCGCAAAAAGACUGAAAUGGCAAUUGAAGAAAGGCGUCCUAAGCGUCAGCCGAUAGAUCUCUCGGAGAAACAGCUGAAAGCAAAGAGAAUGCGUCAGGAAGUUCGACAACAGGAAAGUAGAAAACGAGAUGAGCUUAAGGCUGAAGAAUUGCGUCAGAAAGAAGCGCUUGCAACAAAAAAGUCCGAGAUUGCAUCGGCUAGACUCAAAUAUUUGUUGUCACAAAGUGAUAUAUUUGCUCACUUUAGUGGACAAAUAAAAAAGGGUAAAAAUAAAAGCAAGGAUAACUCGACGCUAGAUGCUGAUAAAGAUGCCGUGAGUGAAGAGAAGAAUCUUGAGGAUAAAAAUAGUAAUGGAGGCAAAGGAAAUGGCAAGAAAACGAAGAAACGUGAAGGAAAUGCUGAUGAGGAUGACAUGAACUUGUUGCAUCAUGUGGGUGUUCGUAUCACACAACAACCAUCUGUGAUUAAAUUCGGUACCAUGCGUGCAUACCAACUAGAAGGCCUUAGCUGGAUGAUAAACCUUGCACACCAGGGUAUCAACGGUAUCCUUGCAGAUGAAAUGGGUUUGGGAAAAACCUUGCAGACGAUCUCAGUGCUGGGUUACUUUUACGAAUUUGAGAAUGUAACCGGUCCCCAUAUUGUGCUAGUGCCAAAGUCUACGCUGAGUAAUUGGCUGGCAGAGUUCCAGCGCUGGUGUCCCUCUUUGCGUGCAGUCAAGUUUCAUGGUAACAAAGAAGAACGUCAGCGAUGUGUGCAGGAGAUUCUUUGCCCUGGAUUACCCGAUGACAUGCGUAAAUUUGACGUUUGCGUAACUACAUUUGAAAUGUGUCUCAAAGAAAAGACAGCUUUGUGUAAGUUUGCAUGGAGAUAUUUGAUUAUUGAUGAGGCUCAUCGGAUCAAGAAUGAAAGCUCCCAGUUUUCUACGGUCGUCCGAAUGUUAGACACCGAACAUCGCUUACUGCUGACAGGCACACCUCUUCAGAACAAUCUCCAUGAAUUGUGGGCUUUGUUGAACUUCUUGCUGCCUGAUGUUUUUGCCUCAUCGCAGGAGUUCGAUGACUGGUUUAAUUUAGACGUGGAUGAUGAUGAAGCGAAGAAGCAAAUGAUUAGCCAAUUACAUAAAAUUUUGCGUCCUUUCAUGUUGCGCCGUCUGAAAGCAGACGUUGAGAAAAGUCUUCCACCAAAAAAGGAAACACUGUUGUUUGUGGGCAUGUCUGAAAUGCAGAAAUUACUUUAUAAGUCGCUUUUGCUGCGCGAUAUGAACACCGUGAUGGGUGGUUCAGGAGGUGUCACUAAAAGCGCUUUACAGAAUAUUGUAAUGCAGCUACGAAAGUGCUGUGGUCAUCCAUAUUUAUUUGAAGGGCAGGAAGAUCGGUCUUUGGAUCCUUUGGGAGAUCACGUUGUAGAAAAUUGCGGAAAAAUGGUUUUACUAGAUAAAUUGCUAAAAAAGCUUAAGCAACGAGGGUCGCGCGUACUUAUUUUCACUCAAAUGACUCGUAUUUUGGACAUUAUGGAGGACUUCUGCCGCAUGCGCCAGUAUCAGUAUUGCCGUAUUGAUGGCCAAACGUCGUACGAGGAUCGUGAAAGCUCGAUUGACGAGUACAACAAGCCUGAUUCAUCGAAAUUUCUAUUUUUGCUGUCAACACGUGCUGGUGGUCUUGGAAUCAACCUGUAUACGGCUGAUGUUGUCAUUCUUUACGAUUCGGACUGGAAUCCACAGGCCGAUUUGCAAGCACAGGAUCGUGCACACCGUAUUGGCCAAAAGAAAGAGGUGAAUGUGUAUCGACUUGUAACAGCAGAUUCUGUUGAGGAAAAGAUAAUUGAACGGGCUCAACAAAAGCUGAAACUGGACGCUAUGGUUGUGCAGCAAGGUCGCCUACAAGAAAAACAGAGCAAGCUCACUAAGAACGAUAUGCUUGAAAUGAUUCGAUUUGGUGCCGAUCAAGUCUUUCGAACUACCGAUUCGACUAUCACUGAUGAAGACAUUGAUGCUAUACUUGCAAAGGGUGAACAACGCACAGAGGAGAUGAAGCAAAAGAUGCAAGUUCACGACAAGGGAGACUUACUCGAUUUCAAACUUGACGGUGGAGGCUGCCAAAAUCAUGACGGUAUCGAUUACUCGAAUGAGAAAGAACGCCAAGAAGAGCUGAAGCGUCUUGCUGAUGCUGAAUUUGCUCGUCAAAUGGCUGAAGGGAUGGGCAAACGAGAACGGCGUACUGUUCUUCGUCACAGUCAUGUUUCUCUCGACACCAAGCAUAGAACAAAACAAAAACAACUACCGAAGGUAUUGCGUUUGCCUCGAAUUGAUGAAUGGCAAUUUUAUAAUCGCAAACGGCUAUUUGAACUACACGAAAUCGAGUGUGCAAACUACAGGCUGGCGAAAGCAGAAACGGAGAAACCGCUACUUCCGCCUCAUGUGCAGUAUCUUACGGAAGAGGAGUUACAGGAAAAAAAGCAACUCCUGUCUGAGGGUUUUAGCAACUGGAAUAAGCCACAGUUUUUUUUGUUUAUUAAGCUGCUUGCUCGCUAUGGUCGUGGAAACAUCGAAGCUGUGGCUCGCGAAAUGAUGAGACCUCUGAAUGAAAUUGAGCAAUAUUCCAAAGUUUUUCUCACCCGCGGUCAGAGUGAGCUGAGUGACUGGCCAAAAAUCAUAAAAUCUAUCGAGAAAGGUGAGUCAAAGCUUCUUGAAAUCGAGCGCUUGACUGAGGAGACGGCACGUAAGGUAGAGCGCUAUGCGAACCCGUGGGAAGACAUGCCAAUAAAUUACCAAGGUAAAGGUGGCAAGGUAUUUACCGAAGAAGAGGAUCGAGUAUUGUUAUGCCUUGUUAAUUUAUUUGGUUAUGGUGCUUGGGAUCGAAUCAAGCAAGAGAUUUGCAACAUGGAGAUGUUUGCUUUUGACUAUUACCUUCGGUCGCGCACGGCAGCUGAAAUUGGACGCCGUUGUGAUUCGCUCAUGCGUAUUUGUGAGAAAGAUAAUGCUGAUUUGGAACUUCGCGAGAAAAAGGAGCAUGAUGCUCGCCGAAUUUUGCAGCAGCAGCGCAUUAAGCUUGAUCAGCAAUUAGCUGCGGCUCGUGCGGAUGUAAAAGAACACCAAGCUCGCGUGGACGAAUUGAUAAUGAAAGAAGCUAAACGCAUGCAACGACAGCGUGAAGCGAAACGUGCGAAGAAACGUAAGGAUCGCGAUGAGAACGAGGAAAUGGUUGACGAGCGAACAGAAGAUUUGGUACAGUUUUUGCUACAGGCAACAAGUAUGGAUGCAGCCAAGGUUGCUCUUGACUUCUGCGCAAUGAUUCGCCAAGAAAAGCACGAAGAGUUACAACCGUCGUAUGUUUUGAAAAAAAUCCGUCAGGUAGCGGAAGUCGAUGAAAAUGUCACAAAGGGAGCUUUGGCGUGGACUAUUAAACCAGAAUUUGUUAACAUUGCGGAAGGUAAGUUGAAAAAGGAGGUUAAGGUGCCAAAACACGAGCACAUGGCUGACGUUAGCGGCGGGGCAAGUCCGAUUAAAUCUGAGUCUGAUAGUCGCCUACCUAGAUCUCCGUGGUCUCCAACAGCCAUGAAGCAUCAGCAGCAAAAAGUGAAGAAAGAGAAGAAACUCAAAAAGGAUAAUAGUCAGAGCAGUGUGCGCAAGCCUCGAAGCGCAUAUGUACAAUUUAGCAUGGCCAGCCGAUUGGAAGUAAAACGAUCACUUGGGGAGAAUGCACAGAUGGUGGAUGUCAUGAAGGAGCUUGUACGGAUAUGGAAAGAGAUGAGUCCCGAGCAAAAGGUGCCAUGGGUUGAAGCUGCCAAGCUAGACAAGUUACGCUAUGAGCGUGAGAUGAACGAGACAACUGCGUCAAGCUAA